AUGAACGCUGUCGAACUGUUUACCCCCUUCUUUUCCGAGGGCAUAGCCAACUAUAUUCUGAAAAAACACAAGCUAGGAACGCCCCUGACGAUUCUCGAAGUGGCAAAGGGAAGCAUCACGAACAUGAAAGCGAUUUUGUCCUACUACAAGGCGAAAUUCCCCAACGUGUACAAGACGCUCCGCUACUACUACCUCACAGACGAGUAUCCCUUCUCUUCUCCUCCCAUGCAUAGCGUCUACUUCAAGCCCCUCUCCAUUCCCGACGAGUUCGCAGACAAAGUCCAGCUGUACUCGAUCCAGGACAAGGAGAAAUGCUCGUUUCUCAGCGACUCCGCCUUCCUCAUCCUCACCGACGUCCUGAGCUCGCUUCCUCACGACAAAAUCCGCGUUCACUACGGCAGCAAGGGCGAUUCAUUCGACCAAUACGAGCAGUGCAUCGUGGCUCCCAACGGAAAGGCCUUCGACGAGCUCUUUCUCCCGGUGUCGGACCCGCUGAUUCGCCAGUACGUCGAGUUCUUGCUGGCUUCGGACUACUCCAUGAUCACCCUCGCAGAGCACCAGAACGCCACAAUCGACGCGUAUAACCGCGACUCCGCGCUCGGAAACAACCGUGCGGUUCGAUUCAAAAAGUUCAUUCCCUCCGAAGCGUUCAUUCCCACGGUGUUCCUCGAUCUGUUAAACCGUGUUACCCGGCUGGCUCCGACUCUCCACAUCGUGGGCUAUGACUUCGAUUAUUUGCCUCCUUGCGCGGAGGGCGAUCUGAAUUCGCCGGUUAACUGCGUGAAUGGACCGAUUGUGUGUAGUUAUGACGAAAAGGGACGAUGCACCGACCACCGAUCGUAUUUGGAGGGGAAAUACACGCGCGAUAUUUUCUUCCCUACCGAUUUCACGACAUUAGCGAGGUUGGUGAAGACCGUGACGAAGAACGAGGGAAUGAUUAUGAAGCUGAAUAACUUCAUGGAUGAGCACCUAAAGGUGUAUCAAACCAGAACCAUGCUGGGGUGGAAUCCGCUGACAAAAGACUUCAGAAACUUGUCAUUUAUUCUUAGUUGGACUAAAUUGUAA